GUCAGACCCAGACCCACACAUUCAUAUGGAGAUGUGGGACUAUAAAUAGGAGGGAUGAAGCCAGCAGAGAUCAGAUUCUCUCUACAGAGACCUCUACAGCACAGAGAUCCAGACAUGGCACCUACAACCACUGCAGCAAUGACCAGUUCUCAGGAGCAUCUCACUCUGACCCACAAGCUCAGAAAGCCUGUGGUGGAGAAGUUACGCAGAGAGAGAAUCAACAGCAGCAUUGAGCAGCUCAAGUCUCUCCUGGGUCCAGAGUUCCUCAAACAGCAGCCAGACAACAAGCUGGAGAAAGCAGACAUCCUGGAGAUGACCGUCUGUGUCCUGACACAGCUGCAGCAGCAGAAUCAAAAGCAGAGAAGACUGCUGAACCACUUCAACAAGCUGCAGGCUUCAUCUGAGAAGAACCUGAGAGAGGCUGACUUCUCUCUUCUGAGCUCCACAGUCCAGACCAGCAUCACCAAAGAGAAGAGUGCAGUCAACAGCGCCCCCUGGAGGCCGUGGUAGAGACCUACACACCAGAGUUACUACCAGACAAACUGAGAUGAUCAUAUUGGUCAAAAGUUUUUAUCAGACAUAUGUUUCUGUAAUGUAAUAGGAGGUGUCUGUACAAAGUGCAGUACAAAGACCGUAUAGGACAUUUCCAUAAACCUUUGGGAAUCGAUUUUCAAAGAAAAUGAAAUAUUGUUUUUGGAAAACAUUGAGUUGCAUAAAUGUGUAUUCUAUGAAUACCAUAUAUUAUCUUAUUGAUUUAUCAAUACAAU